AUGGCAAACAUACAAUCUAAAGAUGACUUGUUGAGAGAAUUGAAUUAUAAGCUUGUAGCUGAGAUUGAUAAACUUAGGAAGGAAAACGCAGAAAUACUUAAACUUAAAAAGAAAUAUACUGAAAUUGAAACCGAGAAUAUAGAACUGAAAGCUAAGAAUAUGAAAGUUAAAGCUGAUAAUGCAGAGGGAAGAGACAAAUUCUCGAGUUUACAGCUUAUCUCUAAUUUGUCUACAGUAAAUUCUUAUAAUACUCCCAUAUCUUUAGAAGAUAAAAUGAUCAAUGACUUACCUUUAGUAGAAUCAGAAAAAGUCGAUGUUGUCCAAUUAUCACAUGAUUUCAAAACUGUGAACGAUCAAGAUGAGUCAAAGACUCGAAGCUCUGCUUCUCCUACUAAGCUAUUGCUUAAUCAGAAAAUUCCUUAUAAUCAAAAAGCAAAAUGA